CGAGCGAGCCGGCGAACAGCUCGCGGGGCUCCGGGUCAGGGACGGCCGGGCACCGAGUUUCUUCAGGCCGCGUUCCGGUUGUCCCUUCCAAACCGGCCACAUUGUACUAGAUUCCGUGGUUGACAAGAUCACAGAAAUUCCCAGGCCCGGAAGUUUCUUAGUAGCAGAGACACCAGGCUCUUGUACUCCCUGCGCAGCUCGGCAUUUCAGUCGCACAAUGGAAGAGCUUGUUCACGAUCUUGUCUCUGCACUGGAAGAGAGCUCUGAGCAAGCCCGAGGUGGAUUUGCUGAAACUGGAGAACAUUCUCGAAAUCUGUCUUGCCCUCUGAAACGCCAGGCCCGGAAAAGGAGAGGGAGGAAGCGGAGAUCCUACAACGUUCACCACCCGUGGGAGACAGGCCACUGCUUAAGUGAAGGCUCCGAUUCGAGUUUAGAAGAACCAAGUAAGGACUAUAGAGAGAAGCACAGCAAUAAUAAAAAGGACCGCAGUGACUCUGAUGACCAGAUGUUAGUGGUGAAGCGAAGGCCAUCUUCAAACCUAAGCAGCGGCGUUCGAGGUAAGCGGCUCCUGUGGCACGAGUCUGACUUUGCCGUGGACAGCCUUGGGAACAGAACUCUGCGCCGGAGGAGGAAGGUGAAGCGCAUGGCCGUGGAUCUCCCGCAGGACGUCUCCAGCAAAAGGACAAUGACCCAGCUGCCAGAAGGCUGCAGAGAUCAGGACAUGGACAAUGAUAGAGCUAGCCAGUAUCCAGAGUUUACCCGGAAGAAAGUUAAGAAAAGGAAGUUGAAAGUGAUUAGGCCAGGACUGAAAACCCAGGAGGAAGGAGGAGUUUUGGAGAGUGAAGAAAGAAGCCAGCCCAACAAGGACAAGAUGGAGUACGAGGAACAGAAAGCCUCGGAUGAGCUCAGGAGCGAAAGUGACUCCAGCAGUCUCAGCAGCACUGAUGCAGGCUUGUUCACCAACGAUGAGGGAAGACAAGGUGACGAUGAGCAGAGUGACUGGUUCUAUGAGAAGGAGUCAGGCGGAGCAUGCGGGAUUGCUGGAGUCGUGCCCUGGUGGGAAAAGGACGAGCCAGCAGAGCUGGACACCAACCUGCCCGACCCUGUGUUUGAGAGUAUCUUAAGUGGCUCCUUCCCUCUCAUGUCCCAUUCUGGCAGAGGAGGUUUCCAAGCUAGACUCAGUCGCCUUCAUGGAACGCCUUCAAAGAAUAUUAAAAAAUCUUCAGGGGCUCCACCUUCAAUGUUAGCUGAACUGAGAGUGAAUGAAGUAAAUCUCGGUGUUAAGAAAGCUACUCAUGGUGUUUUGGGAAGAGCUAGCCAGAUGUCUGCUCCUGGCCCUGUGAGUGACAAGAGGAUGGUUCACUUCUCGUCAGACGCCCAUCACCACGACCACUGGUUUAACCCUGGGGCUAGGACAGAGCACGGCCAGCAUCAGCUUCUGAGAGAUAACCGAGCGGAAAGAGGACACAAGAAAAGCUGCUCCCUGAAAACAGCCAGCAGGCAGACAAGCAUGCAUUUAGGAUCCUUGUGCACAGGAGACAUCAAAAGGAGAAGGAAAGCUGCCCCAUUGCCUGGACCCACUGCAGCAGGAAUUGUGGGUGAGAACGCCCAGCCGAUCCUAGAGAGCAACAUCGGGAACCGCAUGCUUCAGAGUAUGGGAUGGACACCCGGGUCAGGCCUCGGGCGAGAUGGCAGAGGGAUCGCGGAGCCAGUUCAAGCUGUUCAGAGGCCGAAAGGGUUAGGACUUGGAUUUCCUCUACCAAAAAGCACCCCCACCAGCCCUGCCCCCACAUCAGGAAAACCUGCCUGAGCAGAGAGAGGACCUGCCGUUUCUGUUGCUGUGCCCCACUGUUAUAACAUGAUCGUAGUGGGUACUGGUUUGAAGCCGACCUCUGACGUUGCCUCCAGCUAGCUUCCAGGCUGCAUAGCGUCCCAACUCACGGUGCUCAAGUACGAACCUUAGCCCUUCACGUGUUUCCUCGGUUUCCAGCAGUUUCUAGACAUGAAGAACAGUUGGUCUCUUAUUUAUUUUGUGAUCCUAGGCAUCAGUUCUUUCUGCUGCCUUGCUCCAUCCGUGCGUGUGCGCAAUGCUCGGACACAGUGGAGCACACCCAGUGGGUCUGAGGAUCACAUUCUCAUGAUGCCGACACUAAGUAGUGUGGUCCUCCCCUCUCCCACGUGCUCCCUCUCCCACGUGCUCCCUCUCCCACGUGCUCC